UCAGGCUGGAGGAGGAGAUCACAGGAUGAAUGCCACAGUCAUACUGCUCCCUGAUGCCCUUCUCUGCACUGUGUAAUGGUGAAUCCUUCUGCUGGCCAAGAAUAGAAUGAGUCACCCCGGAAUGGAAGAAUGAUGAAUCACCGCACGGUUAGGCCCCCUUCAUGAAUUCCAGCAAGAACGUGGAUUUGAAGAUAAUUAUCAUAGGAGCACUGGGGGUGGGGAAAACCUCCCUCCUGCACCAGUUUGUGCACAAGACAUUCCAUGAAGAUUAUCGGACUACUCUGGGAGCCAGUAUCCUAUCUAAGCACAUCAUGGUGGACAACACCCCCCUCAAACUGCAGAUCUGGGACACCGGGGGUCAGGAGCGGUUCCGAUCCAUGGUGUCGACGUUCUAUAAGGGCUCGGAUGGCUGUAUGCUGGCCUUCGACGUCACAGACCUGGAGUCCUUCGAGUCCUUGGAUGAUUGGAGAGAGGACUUCCUGGAGAAGAUAAUCCCCACAGAGCAGGGCUUCCCCAUGGUGGUGCUGGGAAAUAAAAUCGACUUAAAUGAACGGCAGGUGUCCAAGGAGACAGCUUCAUUCUGGUGCAAAGAAAAGGACAUCCCGUAUUUUGAAGUCAGUGCCAAGAACGAUAUCAACGUAGUGCAGGCCUUUGAGACGCUCGCAAGGCAGGCCCUGUCGAGGUACCAAGAGAUGCUCGAGAACUAUUUAACAGACUCCAUCAAGCUCACUCCUGACGACCAGCCCAAGAAGAAAUGCUGCUGAAUGAGACCUUUGGAGACACCUGACAUCAUGUCUCUGAGUCCUCGCUCGGCACCGAAAUCGCUGAACCGACUCCAUUCACUUCCGGUUUUGUGUUCAGCCACAGGAGAUGACCACAGUGAUCCGGUUCCACAUUGCACAGCCAAGCUGACAAAUCUCGUGACAUUUACCGAGUGCAGAGAAGAGACUGACCUUUUCUCUAAAUGCCUAGAUUGGACUAACGCAGCCAGGUGCGGUCGGGACCCUUGUUGCUUCAUUAACCUUCUAACCACGCAUUUCAAAGCCUUGCACCAGCCUUCUAAACCUGGCUCUGUGCAGUCAGUGCUGAGUCCAGGUGGCCCAGCUACCUUCCCAGGGCUGUGGCUGGCUCAGUGACCUCACUCACCUGCUAUCUCUCUGCUCUAGUUACACCUGUUGACACGCAGGCAGGUCACAGUGGAUUAGUGGCUCACCCUCUGGCACUUGACCAGGCAUUCCCAACACACGCCUGAAUUGACAGUGCUAGGCAAGGCAGGGCUGUGCUGUCACUGCCCUGCAGGCUGGGCCUCCCUAGAGAAUGUAAUCUCAGUCCCCGCUGUUUGAACGCAAAACAGAGACAUUUGUUCGCCAGAUACCCAGUGUUUAAACUAACACCCUCACAGUCUGCACUUGAUA